UGUGUUUAACUUGAAAUAUAAGAGAACGUGUGAUUGAAUAUUUCUUGACUUCGUGAUCAUGCAUUGCAAAAAUUAGAAGCUAGCUGGGUAUAUAAGUCGGGGCAAAGGUUGAGGUCGACAGUUCAUUGAGAUGAAGCCUCAACUGAUCUUGUUAGCAUUAGCCAUCUUCCAGGCAGCCUCAGCCCAAUCAUAUGGUGGGUUUGGUCAAGCAUCUGCCAAUAGUAGAGCAGAAGGUGGCGCACAACUAGGCGGUUCAGGUGCUGGAUUAAGUUUCGGUGGAUCUUCAAAAGGCAGACCUCAGUCCCAAGUAGGUGCGCAAUCUCAAGCACAGGCGGGAGGGCGGUUCGGAGCUGGUGGUCGUGGUGGAGGUGCUUCCGGCCAAGCUGCAGCUCAAGGUCAAGGACAGUUCGGUGGACAGUUUGGAGGAGCACAAUCUCAAGGACAGGCUGGUGGACAGUUUGGAGGAGCUCAAUCUCAAGGACAGGCUGGUGGACAGUUUGGAGGAGCACAAUCUCAAGGACAGGCUGGUGGACAGUUUGGAGGAGCACAAGCAGCUGGACAGUCAGGUGGUUCUGGAAGACCUUCAUACAGACCUGGACAAGGUCAAGCCGGCGGUGGAGCUCAGUCUGGUGCUGGAUCCUACGGACAGUCUGGUGCUGGAUCCUACGGACAGUCUGGUGCUGGAUCCUACGGACAGUCUGGUGCAAAAGGACAAGCUGGCACGAAAGUAGGACUAGGUGGAGGAGCUUCCGGACAAGCAGGAGCUCAAAGUGAUGCCAGCGCUGGAGCUCAAGGAGGAAUCGCAGGAGGUGUAAAACAACAAUCUGAGACAGGAAUGAAAUUCAGUAAAACCGAAUCCAAACAAAGUCAAUCAAGCAGCCAUACCCAAGCAGAGAUGUUUGGUGGAUCAUCAUCCUUGAAUCUCCCAGUGAUUGGAGGAGUCCAGAGCCAAGGGUCCGCUUCUGCUGGAGCAGGUGGAUCGGCUGGACAAGGGUCUGCAGAAGCAACUCAAGGGGAAGUUGAGGCUGAGGCUGGAGCAGAGGCCGAUGUUGAAGCAUAAAUUAAUUUAAACAUUAUAGUUCCUCUGAUUAAUAUUUGAUGAAAUAGUUAAUAAAUUAAUUAGAAACUAU